CGCCGGCCGCGCUCGCGCCCGCGCCCGCGCAGGGGCGCGCCUCCGGGCGGGCGCCUCCCUCUUACUCCCUCGGCUGCGAGCGCCGGCGGUGGCUGCCGGAGAGGCCCCUCCUUCUCGCCCCGCUCCUUUCCCUCGCUCGCGGCCGAGCGGGCUCCCGACCCUCCGCUGGCCAUGGCCGGCAACGUGAAGAAGAGCUCGGGCGCCGGCGGCGGCGGCUCCGGGGGCUCGGGAGCGGGCGGCCUGAUCGGGCUCAUGAAGGACGCCUUCCAGCCGCACCACCACCACCACCACCUCAGCCCGCACCCUCCCUGCACGGUGGACAAGAAGAUGGUGGAGAAGUGCUGGAAGCUCAUGGACAAGGUGGUGCGGUUGUGUCAAAACCCAAAGCUGGCGCUUAAGAACAGCCCGCCAUAUAUCUUAGACCUGCUGCCUGAUACCUACCAGCAUCUCCGCACCGUCUUGUCAAGAUAUGAGGGCAAGAUGGAGACGCUUGGGGAGAAUGAGUACUUCAGGGUGUUCAUGGAGAACUUGAUGAAGAAGACGAAGCAGACUAUCAGCCUCUUCAAGGAGGGAAAAGAAAGAAUGUAUGAGGAGAAUUCCCAGCCUAGGCGAAACCUAACCAAAUUAUCCCUGAUCUUCAGCCACAUGCUGGCAGAACUGAAAGGCAUCUUUCCAAGCGGACUCUUCCAAGGAGACACUUUUCGGAUUACUAAAGCAGACGCUGCAGAAUUUUGGAGAAAAGCUUUUGGGGAAAAGACGAUAGUCCCUUGGAAGAGCUUUCGACAGGCCCUGCAUGAAGUGCAUCCCAUCAGUUCUGGGCUGGAGGCCAUGGCUCUGAAGUCCACUAUUGAUCUGACCUGCAAUGAUUAUAUUUCUGUUUUUGAAUUUGAUAUUUUUACACGGCUGUUUCAGCCCUGGUCCUCUUUGCUCAGAAACUGGAACAGCCUUGCCGUAACACACCCUGGUUACAUGGCUUUCCUGACGUACGAUGAAGUGAAAGCUCGGCUCCAGAAGUUCAUCCACAAACCUGGCAGUUACAUCUUCCGGCUGAGCUGCACGCGUUUGGGUCAGUGGGCUAUUGGGUAUGUUACUGCUGACGGGAACAUUCUGCAGACAAUCCCACACAAUAAACCGCUCUUCCAAGCACUGAUUGAUGGCUUCAGGGAAGGCUUCUAUUUGUUUCCUGAUGGACGAAAUCAAAAUCCUGACCUGACAGGUUUAUGUGAACCAACUCCUCAAGAUCAUAUCAAAGUAACCCAGGAACAAUAUGAAUUAUACUGUGAAAUGGGCUCCACAUUUCAACUGUGUAAGAUAUGUGCUGAGAAUGAUAAGGAUGUGAAGAUCGAGCCCUGUGGACACCUCAUGUGCACGUCCUGUCUCACGUCGUGGCAGGAAUCAGAAGGUCAGGGCUGUCCUUUCUGCCGAUGUGAAAUCAAAGGUACUGAGCCCAUCGUGGUGGAUCCGUUUGACCCCAGAGGCAGUGGCAGUCUGUUAAGGCAAGGAGCAGAAGGUGCUCCUUCCCCGAACUACGAUGAUGAUGAUGAUGAGCGAGCUGAUGAUUCUCUCUUCAUGAUGAAGGAGUUGGCAGGUGCCAAGGUGGAAAGGCCUUCCUCUCCAUUCUCCAUGGCCCCACAAGCUUCCCUUCCUCCAGUGCCACCAAGACUUGACCUUCUCCAGCAGCGAGCACCUGUUCCUGCCAGCACUUCAGUUCUGGGGACUGCUUCCAAGGCUGCUUCUGGCUCUCUUCAUAAGGACAAACCAUUGCCAGUACCUCCCACCCUUCGAGACCUUCCACCACCGCCCCCUCCAGAGCGGCCUUACUCUGUGGGAGCAGAAACAAGGCCUCAAAGACGCCCCCUGCCUUGUACACCAGGCGAUUGUCCAUCUAGAGACAAACUGCCCCCUGUCCCCUCUAGCCGCCCAGGGGACUCAUGGUUGUCUCGGCCAAUCCCUAAAGUACCAGUAGCUACUCCAAACCCUGGUGAUCCUUGGAAUGGGAGAGAACUGACCAAUCGGCACUCGCUUCCGUUCUCAUUGCCCUCGCAAAUGGAACCCAGAACAGAUGUCCCUAGGCUUGGAAGCACAUUUAGUCUGGAUACCUCCAUGAAUAUGAAUAGCAGUCCAGUAGCAGGUCCAGAGAGUGAGCACCCAAAAAUCAAGCCUUCCUCGUCUGCCAGUGCCAUUUACUCUCUGGCUGCCAGGCCUCUUCCUGUGCCAAAACUGCCACCUGGGGAGCAAGGGGAAAGUGAAGAGGACACAGAAUAUAUGACUCCCACAUCUAGGCCUGUAGGGGCUCAGAAGCCAGAGCCCAAGCGGCCUUCGGAGGCAACUCAGAGUUCACGAGCAUGUGACUGUGACCAGCAGAUUGACAGCUGCACAUAUGAAGCAAUGUAUAACAUUCAGUCCCAAGCAUUGUCUGCAGCAGAAAACAGCGUCUCUGGGGAAGGGAAUUUGGCCACAGCCCACACCAGUACUGGCCCCGAGGAAUCAGAAAAUGAGGAUGACGGCUAUGAUGUGCCUAAGCCACCUGUGCCAGCUGUACUGGCCCGCCGCACCCUGUCUGACAUCUCCAAUGCCAGCUCCUCCUUCGGCUGGUUGUCUUUGGAUGGCGAUCCCACAAACUUCAAUGAGGGUUCCCAAGUUCCUGAGCGGCCUCCCAAACCAUUCCCUCGGAGAAUCAACUCAGAACGAAAAGCAAGUAGCUAUCAACAAGGUGGAGGUGCCACUGCUAACCCUGCAGCCACCGCGCCCUCACCGCAGCUCUCAAGUGAGAUUGAGCGUCUCAUGAGUCAGGGCUAUUCCUACCAGGACAUUCAGAAAGCUUUGGUCAUUGCCCACAACAACAUUGAGAUGGCCAAAAACAUCCUCCGGGAAUUUGUUUCUAUUUCUUCUCCUGCCCAUGUAGCCACUUAGCACAUCUCUCCCUGCCAUGGCUUCGGAGGACCCAUGAGCCGGGCUCUUACUCAAGGAGCACCUAGGAAAGCAGUGGCUUCUUUUGGGACGUCACAAUGAGGUCCUGCCUUUUCUAUGGGGAUCGACACAUAUGGUUCCAAGAUUUCAAAGCAGUGGAAUGAAAAUGGAGCGGCUAAUGUGUUUCAUUCUUGUAUUGGUCUUAAGAGUGUUUUUGUAGUCCUGCAGUCUCCAUUAGAAGAGAGUGGGGUUUUAUUAAAUGAUAACCUACCCCAGGAACAGCACAGAAAGCAGUAGAAGUGCUGUCCUAUGGCCCUAGUUAAGGACUUAAGACUUUCCUGUUAAGGGUGUGUGUCUCUGUGUCUGUGUGUCCUGUCGUUAUAAGAUUAUCCUGCUGUGUGUGAAUCCAGGCAGGGAGUUAGCACAAGAGCUUCAGAAAGGAAUCUCUGAAGACUCCAUCUACUGUGGUAUUGCACCUAGCCCUGCUGGAUAGUACAACCUCAAUCUCCUCCCCUGUGGCUUAGAUUAUCAUGUACUUAGCUAUGUUUUAUAUUGUUAGGAUACACCCCCCCCCCACUCCUACCGGCCCCUCCUUUCCCUUGGAAACUCCUCACUCCACCUUCUCCUCAUUGGUAUUCUGUAGGCUUGCUGUGACCAGUCUUACUGAAACCAGGCAGCUUAUAGGAUGGUCUUUCUAAUGUGUGGUGGUGUUGGUUUGUUUGGUAGAAUUGGCGGGAAGGACAGGACUAUUCUGUGGUUACAGUUAUAAUUGAUGCUAGCACCUAACACUGGUCACUCCAGAGUGCUGUUUCUAUAGGAAUGUUGGAUUUUUUUUUUUUUUUUUUUUUAAGAAAUUUUAAUUCUCCUAGUUACCUAAUGACUGGUUUGAGAUAGAGGCCUUCAUAUACAUUCCGCAUCCUCCCCAGGAAACAGCCUGUGGGAGUCUGCUGCCUUGAUGCCAGGUAUAUGUCUCUGUUGUAGGUCACAGAGGAACAGAGCAUUUGUUUCCAGGGAUGCUUUCCAGCCCAAACCAUAGAGCUUCAGGAAGCAUCAGUCACGUAUACUAUUUAGAUUUACAAUAAAUAGUAAGGACUUGUCUGUUCAGUCUUUCUUGCCAGUGGUUAACUUCAGCUCCCUUGAAUAGGAGCCAGGUUAGCUUUUCAGAAAUGAUUUCUUUGCCCUCUAAGGAACGGAGAUAACACCAGUGAGCAUACAGCAUUUGCUUAUGACUAGCGCCUUCUUUAGAUUGGUGCGCCCAGAGACUUGGUUGUUCAUGUGCCUAGCUUGUGCUUUGGAAUGGUUUCUCUUUCUCUUUCCUUGCCUUUUUUAUUGGGUCCUAGAUAUAACCACUGUGUCAUCCAUCCACAGUAUUUAUUGAAAUUCUUUAGUCAAAGACAAUUUGGGGCAAUGUAGUGGUCUGUGUAUUUACGGAUUCAUCAAGGAGCUAUUGCGUUGUUUUGGAGAUCUGUUUCUAAGUCAGUAGUGACCUCUUGGGGUCAGUUUGUUCUCUGACUGGAGUCUUGCUGGCUUCUUUGGCAGUGUUACCCUUUCUUCUGUUGAGUAUGAGCUGAAUUUUACAUGAAUCCUCUCUGUUCUUUAGGUCCAGACAGAAAUGACCCACCAAGAAUCUGCUUUCUUUCUAGUCUUAACAUCUUUGCAACUAAAAUCUUUCGAACUCUUUUUUUAGUUUCUAGAUGCUUCAAGGUCUGGAUUUUAUCCUCUUGCCUUAAGGCUGUUCCCAGGGCAGACACUGCAGUACUUUUUAUUGACUUGGUAUGGUUACCCAGUGUCUCCUCUACAUAGCAAUGAGUAGAAAACAAUAGCUUAUCAUCCACAAAAAGCUUGUGACAGCCAAUUUUGUGUUCAUUUGAAUAUCGAAAGCCUAAGCCAGGCUUUGUGGCAUCUCGGCACUGGGGAGAUGAUGGCAGGAUGGUCAGGAGUUCACCGCCAGCUCAGAGCUCCUCAAAACCCUGUCUCAAAAAUAACAGGGGUUAAAGAGAUGACUCUUCACUUAAGAGCAACUGUUUUUGCAGAGGACCUAGGUUUGGCUCCUGGCACCCAUGUGAAAGGUUUCUCAGACGUGUAAGCAACUCACAACCAUCUGUAACUUCAGUUCAAAGGAAUCCGAUGCCCUCUUCUGUCCUCUUUGGGCAUCAGGCACACACACACACACACACAUAUGAUGUGCAUACAUACAUGUGGGCAGAGCAUUAAAUAAAUACAUAU